GCGAACGUCAAAAGAAAAUGAGCCAAUGACGUGGCCUGUCAGAUUCUGCUUAGGUGGACGAAGGUGGAUAGGGAUAUAGCUCGGGCCCGAGCAGGAUUUGAAGUGUUGGAAUGGGCGCGUAUGGACUCCUCAGCCGCAGCAAUGACGGCAGACUCGCACGGCCGACUGGCGUCAAAAGCAUGGGUGAUCUCCCAAGUUACACCCGGUACUCCGGUACAACUGACGCUCCCGUCCCUUUAUAUUGUGAGUAACAUGGAGUGAUUGUUGAAGCGAGCCCAACUUGGCGAUCAACGUUCACUCCUAAUUCGUCCUCCAACCAUAUUUACUUCUUCCUUGCCCUUAUCAAACCGAAGCUAUCAGCACUUGCUCGGUCUAGGCCGUCACGGGAUGGGUUCGCUUUCUGAUAAUGACUGUAAGCCGGUAGGCUCGUACCCCCCCUCGGGUAUCGACGUCCUCAUCGUCGGCACGGGGCUUGCAGGGCUUACAGCGUCCAUCGAAUGCGUGCGCAAGGGCCACAACGUGCGGGUUCUCGAGCGCCACGAUGACAUAAACACAGCAGGCGAUAUGUAUUUCAUGGGCCAUAGCGCUACCAAGUUCUUUCGCCAUUGGCCUGAGCUAUCAAGGGAAUAUGAGGCGAUAUCCAUGAACAAUGCAUGGAUCGAGACAUUCAAGCACGACGGCGAACGGGUGAUUACCCCGUUGAAGGUCGCAGAACGUCUGCGUCAAGCCGGCAUGGACCCAAACACCCCGCCAGGUGCCUUUCAGAUGCGACCGCUCAUCUACCGGAUGUACCUGAACGAGGUGCAGAGGCAAGGAAUUAAGAUCGAUUUUGGCCAGCGCGUCGUCGACUACUGGGAAGAUGAGGAGCGCCAAAAGGCAGGCGUCGUGACGGCCAAGGGCGACAGGUUCGAAGCUGAUGUGGUGAUCGCGGCGGACGGCGUCGGCUCCAAGUGUCAGAAGCUAGUAGGCGGCCAGGUCAGGGCGAUGAGCGCCGGGAGGGCCAUGUGGCGCGCAGCUUUCCCAAUUCACCACCUGGAUAAGAACCCGGAGCUGAAAAAAUUUCUCAAGAUGGGUGGUCCCAACGAGGACGAGCCAAUGGUGAGGACGUGGCUUGGCCCGGGGACGUACGCGAUGGUCCUGAUUCGCAAGGAGACUUGCGUGUGGAUCAUGAAUCACGACAUUACCGGAUCAGAGGAAGAGAGCUGGGUUCACACGGUCGAAUGGCCCGACGUCCUGAAUAACAUGGACAAGGGGUUAGGCGAUCGGCCAUGGGAUCCUAGGAUCAAGGAACUCGUGAAGGUGAUACCACCCAAGACAAUUGUCAACUUCGAGCUAUUCUGGCGUAACCCGCAACCUUCGUGGACUUCCAAGGGCGCUCGCGUGGUCCUCAUGGGCGAUGCUGCUCAUUCUUUCCUGCCCGCCUCCGGAAACGGUGCGACGCAGGCGAUUGAAGAUGCCGUUUCGCUGGCCACCUGCCUUCAGAUCGGAGGGAAGCAAAACAUAUCGGAGGCUGUUCGUACACACGUGCGUUUCCGCUUCAUCCGCUGCGCCUGCGCGCAGAAGAUGGGAUUUGCUAACGCAGAGCUGCUGCAACACCCCGACUGGUCGAAGGUCAAGGUCAAUCCGAAGUUGGCGCAGCCCAAGCUCCCAAGCUGGAUUUGGAAGCACGACCCCGAGCAGUAUGCUUAUGAGAAUUAUGAAAAGAUGGCCGACACCAUCAGGAAAGGCAUUCCCUUUGAUGAAGUUGACACGGUGCCGCCUAACUACCCGCCCGGCUAUAAGUACGAGUCCUGGAACAUUGACGAUAUGCAAAAGGAGGUGGAUAAUGGCACGGUUGACAUGGGAGGCGGGAACUGGGAUUAAGAAGAGGGUUGGCUCGGCGUUCGUGAUAGAGGAAGCAUCCUAAAGUCUUGUUAGAGUCUCAUUCGUGACUAGAUUUAUUUCUAGAUUUCUAGAUACCUGCCUACCAGGUAUAGAGAUUUUACGUUGAAUGUCAGGUUUCCCUUCUUAAACCCGAAUACGUUACUACUUAGAAAACAAUACAGUACCUACCGUACCUAUGCCUUCA